UUCUAGUGAUCCUGUCCAUUGGGUCGAAUCUGCCAAACGCAUCCCUAAAAUGGCCGCCACGACCGCCACUUCGUUCCUCCACCCGACCUUUCCCUCCCCAACCAAGAGGAGAAUCGCCAAAGCCAAAACCAAAACCCAAAGUUUCCACGUCAACCCUAUAAUGUCUGUCAACCACCCACCUCCGCCGCAAACGGCGGUUCCAAACACAGACCUCUUAACCACCAUUACCGGAUUCCUGUGGGGCAAAGCCCUCCCUCCGCAACUCCUCAUUUCCACCGUCCGUACGACCUGGAACGCCACGUGGCACCUCAUGAUGAAGCAGCUUGCCCCCUCUGAUCCCUCCGGCUCAUACACUCGGCCCGUCAGUCAGUUCCGCGCCAAUUUCGAAUCAAUACAACUUUCCCGCCAAAACCAAAACAACGUUCACCUGUAUGUGGGAUUGUCUUGUCCAUGGGCUCAUCGAACCCUCAUUGUUAGAGCCCUCAAAGGCCUCGAAGAAUAUGUUCCGGUCUCAAUUGCUUCUCCUGGAAACGAUGGUUUGUGGGAAUUUCGCCAUGUAUCUAGCAGUAACAGGGAUAAAGUGAGGCCGAGCUUGGACGUUGCAAAUGGAUGCAAGACUCUAAAAGAGGUUUAUGGGCUUCGCCGUGGAGGUUACAGUGGACGAGCUUCGGUUCCUCUGUUGUGGGAUGUUGAGAGAAGAGAAGUAAUCUGUAAUGAGAGUUCCGAUAUAAUCGAAUUGUUCAAUUCUGGUUUUGAUGGAGUCGCUGGAAGUUCAAGUUUGGAUCUUUCUCCACCGUCGUUGAAGGGACGGAUUAAAGAAUGGAAUCGGAUAAUUUAUCCUAAUGUCAAUAACGGGGUUUACAGAUGUGGAUUUGCGCAGACCCAAGAAGCCUAUGAUGCUGCUGUAAAUGAUUUGUUCAGUACACUGGACAUGUUGGAUGAUCACUUGGCCAAUUCACGGUAUUUAUGUGGAGAUGUGCUGACACUGGCUGAUGUCUGUCUGUUCACUACAUUGAUCCGUUUUGAUAUUGUCUAUAAUGUUCUUUUCAAAUGCACAAAGAAGAAGCUGUUGGAGUAUAACAAUCUCCAUGGAUAUAUGUGUGAUAUCUAUCAGAUUCCCAAGGUUGCAUCAACUUGCAAUUUGGAAGCGAUUAUGGAUGGUUACUUCAAGAUUCUUUUCCCACUGAAUCCUGGUGGCAUUCGGCCUGUCGUCCCCACAAGUUGUGAGCAUGAAGUACUCUCGAAACCCCACAACAGGGGAUCACCAUUAUCAAUUGGUAAAUAUGCUGAGAUUCAUGUUUCAUAGAUAGGGUUUCUACCAUGUUGUUCAGACUGAAGUAAUGGAUCAUUUAAAGGAGUUUGUAGUAUGCUAGUGAAAAAGGAGUGCCAUAUUUAAAAGAAACAUUAAAAUCUCUGAUGAUAUAUGUAAAUGAGAUUAAGAGGAUAUAUUUAUGUUUAUAGGAUUAGCAAGAGUGGAAAUUUAAGUGCAAAUUUCAUGUAUA